CCGCAGGACCCAGGCCCCAGCAGCUAUAUAUAUUCCAGAUGUCAGUAUCCGAUUCUUGGCAGCCAUGGGAGAGAGCAUAACCAGAGCGAAAGACGCUGUUGAAAAGGCGCUGAAGAGGGUAAAUCCAAACUCUCUAAAUUGGCCUUUCUACAGGCGAGAUGACGAAUUGUUGAAGAUGGAGCUUGCUGUGGAGCUGACAUGGAUGAAAUGCUUCCUCAUCAACAGCCAAAGAACGGACCACGGACGGAUGGUUGCCCCUGUCUGGUGUCCGGCCAUCGAACGCCUUGCCGGAAAUUGGGUUCCUAGCCAUCUAAAAAAUUCUCCUGACGACAACAAACGCUUAGGUGAUCUUUGCACACAAUUUGCUAGUCUUAGACAAAAGAUUCAACCUUUUGUUAUCACCUGUCAGUGCCAUGCUCCCUCCUCAUCGUCAUCCCCUGUUUCUUAAUUUUACACAGGCGUUUAUUUAUUAGGGAUAGAAAGCUUGUAUUGUUAAUGCGAUCCAGCACAAUACAAAUUUCUAGAUCCGCCUUUCCUGCUUUCAUGUAUUCCUAGCGCUCGUAUUCCCUGUUCUAUGAGUAAGUUUGUUUAACUGGUUUGGGUUUGAUGUUUUUGCUUUAUUCACAAGAGCAUAUGAUGAUGCCAAGUUUU